AUGCAGGGGGCCGUGGUCUCAAGGGCGGCGCUCGCCGAGAUGACCCACACCCAGGAGUCGGCUUCUCCGCUGCCGUUCGGCCCACCCGCUCUUGCUCAAGGGGCUUGGCGGCAGGCGGCGGUCAGCUCUGACACCGCCGUGCCGGAGACUUCUCAGAUUGCCGUUCGCAAUCGCAAUCGGGCGGAGAUGGAGUCCCGGGCGCUCGCCCCCGAAGAUCGUCCACCUGCUCAGCCUGUGGACUACGAUCAGAACGAGGAGGAGGGCACCCGUGGGCACAUGAUCGAUGCUGCCAGGGACGAUGCUCGGCAGGAUCGUUCCUUUGCCCGCUCGACGGCAAAGCUCACACCGGCACAGUUCGCUGAGCUGGCUGACACGUACCACAACCCUGCUGGUCACGCUACCUCUUCGGCAGCUCAGUCCUCCACGGUCGUGGUCGAAGAGGCCGAGCCGGAGAACUUGCUGGCUCCAGCAGGAGAGCCGACCUCGUUCAGGAUGUUGCGGGAAGCAGCGCCAGCCGAUCGCUGGACAGCGAAGAUCCUUGCUUACCCAUGUUUCGACCAUGGGUUUCGCCAGGCGAUCGUGGCGACCCGGCUUGCGGAGAUCCCGUUUGUCCUUUCGAUGGACGCCGGGACGCCCGAGCAGUUCGCCGCAGUGUCUCUCAACUGGACGGCCAGCUCGGCCAAGUCGGAGCACGACCUCCUGGCUCCGAGGACCCAAAUGCUCGAGCAGUAUUGGGUCUUCGUGAAGGCGGCGGAAUCGCUCUUUGUCGAGUCUCUCGGCUACCAGAUGGGCUUUGCUCGCUGCUCUAAGGUGCCUAGAGAACGUUCUGCAAAGUCGAUCGCACACUUUCAGCGGGAGAUGGCCAUCCGAGCUCUAGCUGCACCAGCUGCCGGCAAGCUCUUCUUCUCCCUCGGCGACUCCACUGCUCGACGUGGAGAACGCGAGAAACAGAAAUGGGCUAAGCGCCUGAAGGCGAUCGCCGAUCGGGCCGGCGAACACGCUCGGCCCGAAGGGGUCCACGAUGCUGAAGGGUCCUCUCUUCCAGCGAAAAUGAUCAAGGAGUUGGUACAGGAGGUCUCGCGCGAGUUCGUGCCCCUCUGUGCUCAAGAGGAUGACACGAUCGAGGACGCAGAGGUCGGCCGCCGUCGUGGGAUCUUUGGGCGGAGGUGGACACAAUUUGUGAGCUCGGUCCCUGGUGCCUUGAGAUCUUUGCCGGGUCUGCUGGUCUCACCGCUGCCUGGAAACGUCACGGGUCUUAAGAUUUUGCCGCCGAUCGACAAGUGCACCUCCGAGCUCAUUCUGGAGGCGAUCGACUUGCUGGACGCACAGGUCUUUGAUUGGCUGCUCUUGCUGUGCCGUAUGGGGGCGAUCGUCUAUCUGCACUUGGGCGUUCCCUGCGCCACGUUCAGUGUGGCUCGGGCACAGCUCUUCGAAGCCAAUGAGCUCUUGUGUCGGUGUCUUCUUCUUUUCGAGGCUGUGGUCCAAGCGGGUGGGGAUGCUUCGAUCGAGAACCCGAAGGAUAGUCUGAUCUGGCAGGUCCCCCAAGUUCAGCAGCUCAAAGUUCGUCUUCACCUCUACAACGUCGAUUUCGAUCAGUGCGAGUACGGAUCGCCUCACCGGAAGCCUACUCGGCUUCUGGUCAGUCAUGCUGCUCUUCUUGCUCUUGCACGCGCGUGCUCAGGUGGACAUCUUCAUGUGCCUCUUCGCGGCGUCACGAGGUCGGAGACCGGCCAGAAGAUCUUCAAGACUAAGGCGGCUCAGGUCUACCCCUCGGCGCUUUGCACCGCGUGGGCGAUCGCCGUGGCCGCGAUCGUGCAGAAGUCGGUCCAGCAGUUCGCUGCUUCCUUUGCUCUCACAGCUCCGUCAGCAGAACGCAAGCGAUCUUUGGGAUCCCAGAUUGCUUGGAAAGGACAUCGCCAAUCCGCUGCUGCUCGGCUGGCGGCGGCUGGCGGCUAUCAGCUCAAACGUGGUGCCGCCAAGCCGCUGCUCGACGUUGAGUGUGAGCCAGGUCAAGCAAUCCAAUGGUCUCUUCAGGUUCGGCACCCCUUCACCGUGCAGCCGGCGCUCCCCGACAAGAUCGUCGACAACAUCAAGUUCAUUGUCUCCUCCCCGCAGGCGCUCGUGGCUCGCCGUUCUGAGCGCCUUCAGUUCUGGCAGCAGCGUGCGCUCACGCUGCUUCCAGAGACCGAUCGCAUUUUGCGGUCGAUCGCCGACGAACAGAGGAAGCAGGAGCUCCUGGACUCGAUCGACGCGAUCUUGGAGGCGGGUACCUUGGAGAUGCCCCCGGUUACCCAGUGGAAGGCCGUUCUCGACUUGCUUCUGAAGGAAAGCCUUGCCUGGAAAGCUACCUUGGCGGGCUUUGACAAGUCCUACCUCCACUCCAGCUGCUUCCAGCUUUCUGAGAAUCCCGAUCUUCGGGCGAGACAGGUCGCCUUCAAUCAGAAACAGGUCGAACAAGCUGCCGGCUUGCUAGCCCCGGUGAACGGCACGGAGAGAUACCUCUCGGUCAGCUCAGGACAUACGACACAGUUCCUCAAAGCCCUUUGGGCUGGCUGCCGCACCAGCGAGGGUUCGCUUGCCACGAACGGUUUCUUGAGCAAGGAGGUGCUGUGCGGGAAGGACCCUGUCCUCCGGGAGGUGAUGUUGCACGGCUGGUCCUGGGUCAUCGUCUCUUGGGCAGUCGAAGAAUGCUAUCCGGAUCUUCCAAAGCUUGCGGAGCGAGCUCUGAACUCCAGCAACUCAGCCUUUCAGGCUCAGUCCGAGCUGGAACUGGCCUUGCACAUCCUGGAUCUCGCCUCAGGCAUGCAGCAGCCUGACUUCAAGGCUUUGGCAGCUGAAGCUUGUCAUGCCGGCCCCGUGAAGAACUACUCUUCCAGCAUAGCCAAGUGGCUUGGGUCCUACAGCAACAAAGGCGACUUCGCCAAGUUUCUAGGGAUCUUCACGAAGGAGUUCGGGGACAACUACAAUGUUGGGGAGGAGUUUUGGGUCAUGGCUGCUGGCAACAUGUUUGCUGAAGUGCCUCUGCUGAGGCUGGCAAUGCUCGCAACCAAUUUCACGGCGCCGAAGAACAAGAUCCAGGACGGAUAUGCUCGGCUCUUAACCCGAUCGGACUGGGACAAGUUGAAGGGCAACAAACUGCAGAAGCAGAUCUUGGAUAUGGACCAGAAGCUCUUUCAGGCUUACCAGAAGGUUGAAGCAAGGUUUUCGGACCUGGCAGCCAUCAGGGCUUUUGGCAUGCUCUUGAUUCGAUGCUGCAUGCACGUCUUGCAGAAGGAGAAGAUGGGCAGGGAGACGAAAGUGUUCGAGAGCAUGGACGAGAUCUUUGAGGCCUUUGAGCAGACUGCUUUGCCAUCUUCGUCGUCCUCUGCGGGUGGGGCAGCCCAACAAGCGGGAUUGGUUUCGCUGGGAGAAGCAUACGAUGCUUUGUUCUUGGCCAAACAGAAGAUUGAGAUUGCCGUCGGGAAGCACUACACCUACCAGAACAAGCUCUGGAAGCUUCGAGAAGCAGACAGCAACCAGCUCGUGCUGGAGCUUCUUGACUUGUUCCAGAGCGAGGAGGUGACCAUCGAGACCAGCCAGUGUUGGAAACACUUGCGAAUUUCCAAGCUUCCUGCACCUGUGUUCACCGACAAGGCAUUGGCUGCCUCCAGAGAGCCGCAUGCGAGUUGCAGUACAGAGGCCCUUAUGGCUGAAGUGUGGUUGACCAUGCUGAAAGUAUGCCCAAAGCUUCAGCCCAAGAACAUUUGGAGCUUGAUCGGUGUGGUUAACAGCAGCCGGAAGGCUUAUGCCUUGAAGAAGAUCCCUGCCGGCGAGUUGUGCCUCUUCCCUUCAACGGAUGCCAUCAGCAAGAUCACCACGAAGGCACCCGCUGACAAGAAGAAGAAGAUGGGACAGAUCAGGUACAAAGAGGCCGAUUACUACAUCCUCCCCCCAGCCAUGUUCAAGACCUCCGAGGAUAACAAGGUUUCAGGCUGCAUUGCGCCAUACUGGUGGUUGGAUCCCGUGAAAGAGCCGUGCAUGACCUGGGAGGAGAAAAGUCAUGGUGGCAUCACUGCUUGGUGCUUGGCGAAUCAGAAGAAAUCUGCUGGCAAGAAGUCUGAGCCUCCCAGCAAAAAGCCUAAGAAAGCCUGA